AUGUCUGAAUCCAAGUCUUCUGGAUUCGCAGGCCACGUCCAGGCCAAGGCCCAAGAGGUCGCCAAAGAGGAUUAUGAAAAGGCAAGAGCACUUGCUGUCGAUGCAGCUCGAAGCGGCUCUUUCCUGUACCCGUUCAGAGGAAUUGUCUACUUCUUGACCCAUCGCUCCCUCUGGAAACCAUUCGCGUCACGAAUCAUCCCCACUCUCAGCUUAUCAGUUGCUGUCAUCAGUGGCAUGUUCUUUUUCACGUAUCUUCCUCAGCUGGCUAUCCUGGUUUUUGUCAACGGGCCGUUGGCUGUCUUCACCACAGUUCUACUCAUUCUCAACGAGAGCUCGACCAUUGUGUCACUCGUCUCCCGCAACUUCUUCCUUCAGGAUGCGCUACUCGACACAUUCGAUGGAACAUUGGUUUCCCGAAACGCUGCUGGUAUCGUGAGCGAGGGUCGAGAGUUGAAGUCUGGUAGUGAUCCUAUGCAGCGACUGGGCAAGAUUUUGAAGAGCCCCUUCGAGAAGUACAGUCCCAAGGCUCUAAUCCGCUACGUCAUGUACUUGCCUCUCAACUUCAUUCCUAUCGUCGGAACCAUCAUCUUCAUCGGAAUUCAAGGUCGAACUCGUGGUCGGGGUGUUCAUGAUCGCUACUUCCAACUGAAAAGGUGGUCCCCAUCUCGACGAGCUCAAUGGUUGGAGCAGCACACCGGAGCUUACUCUUCUUUUGGAAUCGCCGCCACGGUUCUUGAGCUGAUUCCGUUCGCGUCCAUGCUAUUCGCUUUCACAAACACUGUGGGCGCUGCAUUGUGGGCUGCUGACAUCGAGGCAAAGGAGUCCAAGAUGGAAGAGAGCACUGCCCCUGAGCUGCGCGAAGCAGCAAAGAAAGCCGAAUAG